AUGUUCACUGCAUUGAAGCGUGCUGCCAAGCUUGCUGGGCGAUCGGACAUCGUGACGCAAGAUGAUAUUGGUACAUUCGUUGUUGAUGAACUUCAAGAGCGUGGAGUGGACCUCACACGGGGUACUUCGUGGAAGAUAGUCCUUAGGUUCCUGCGUCGACUUAGGGAUGCUAGACGUGAUUUUAUCUUCAAGGCCAUCGACAAAGACAACUUCACCAUAGCUGGACGCCGUGGAUCACAUAUACUGGAGGAAGUGCCUCUCCACAACGGACUUUACUUCGUUGUUGCGUACAACCACAGUCUCGUUGGACACGCUGUCGUCGGCGAUAAUUGGAUCACCUUCGUGGCCUGCAUUCGGAUUUCUGCGGGUUUGUCUUAUCGAUAA